ACCGCCCACUUUAAGAUCGCCUGCUCUCUCCUCUGCAAACAGCAGGAGGAGGAUGAAGGUGUGUUGGAUGAAGCCUGCUCACCACUAAAGUCAGUUCUAAGAGCUGUGCAUGUUGGACAGUGAUCGGACAGAGACUGCGGAGGAACAUGUCUCCGGGAUGCAUUAAUGGUCAAGAUGUGUGAAAAGUGAGCCAGCUAUCAUGGAUGAUCAGGAACAAUAAAGGUUUAGUGAUCUACUUUUGUGAAGAAGAAACCAACACCGCCAUGGCAGAUCGAGGUGAAAUCAAGAGUCAGGAGGAGGAUCUGCCACCGGACAUCAAGGACUGGAGUAAACAUCAAGUGAAAGCAUGGACUCUCACGUUAGAUGAUGUUGAUGACGGAGUUGCAGAAAUCUUGUUUAAGCAGGACAUUAAUGGACCAAGUAUUUUGCUUUUAGAUAGAGAAGACUUAAAACAAAUGGGUGUGACUUUUGGACCUGCAAAACUUUUCAUUCAUGCCAGAGAUGAGUUAGUGAAAUUUAAGAAAGAGGAGCCAACAAAUGCUACAAAUCAGUGUGGAAGACCAUGCAAGCCUUAUCCAUUUUGUAGGCAGCAUGAUACACAUAGAUAUAUCGAGAGCAACAUUCUUGAUAUUCCAGAAUCAGGUGCCUUAGACUUAAUUGAACCCUGCCACGAGUAUAAAGGUUUCACUAAUACAACUGAUGAAACUAAAAUGAGCAAGUUCACUGCUGAGGUUAUCCGCUUUGCAGCUGCCUGCAUGAAUAGCCGCACAAAUGGCACCAUACACUUUGGAAUAGGUGAUGAGCCAGAUUUCAGCCAUGGACAAGUGUUGGGAGUGGUCGUUAAGGACAAAGAGGCCUAUUUAAAGGAACUAAAAUCUGCCAUUGAUGGUUACUUUGAGUAUAAACACAAACAAUCUGCUCAAAAUUGCAUCAAACCUCCUCGAUUUGUUGAGGUUCUCAACAAGAAUAUGACAUCUUCUGACAAAUGUGUCAUAGAAGUGGACAUAGUUCCUGACUGUAUGGUGUGUGAAGAAAGCAUCUACCACACAUUCAGCAUGAACAUUAAAAAAGCCAAAAAAAAAGGAAAAGGUAAAGAAACAGACGAAAAUGAAACAAAACCAUACAAGCAACUCUUUGUCCGAGAUGGAGGUAGUAGCAGGAGUCUUCUCGCACCAACCACAUCCACCAAACUGAUGGAAGAGUACAACCAGUUUGUUGACGGUAUGGCACAGCGGUCACAACUCCGGAAACAAGCUGAAGAGAAGCACCUCAAUGUGAUUAAAAGCAGUACCCAAGGCUCCAGACUCAGUCAGAUGAUAACUGGUGGAACCCUCUCUUUAGAUAAGUCACACUUUGAGCGUUACGUGAUAGUAACUAACAAAUCACAUUCAAUCCAGUUAGAAUCUUUAGGAUUCCUCGUAGAGCUCAACCCAACAGCUGUUUUGGACUUUGAUCCAGAAUCAGCUAAACAUGGUUUACAGUGUCACUUCGAACAGCAGAGUACAGUAAGUGUCCAUUUACCAGCAAAGUAUAAAAUCACAGAAGGAGUCGAGGACAUUGCAAACAAGUUGAAAUUAACUCGAAACACCAGCUGGGUGUUCUGCAAUGGAGGUAUUGAGGAUGAGACACCUUCAGACAUAGAUGAGUGGUUGAUGGAAAAGGGAGCCUCAAUUCGAGAUGUGAUUUCUUUCUUGUGUCGGAAAGAUGUGCUUCCAAACAAGAGAUUCCUUGUUAUCUUUUUACUUUUGUCAACAGUGAGUGAGAGGAUGGACCCUCUUGUUGAGACUUUCAGUACAUUCUGGCAGGAGCUCAGAGGCACAGAGCAAAUCCUUUGUAUAUGCGACAAUGAAAAAGCAUUUACCUCCUGGAAGGACCUAAUUGAUGCUCGGUGCUUGAUCAAUAUCUCUGGAAGAUGCAUAUAUGAUCUCAGCUUUGCUGAAGUCAAUGGCACUAUCCUAAGCCUUUUGUCCAAAAACCGUAGGUCCAGUCGUUUCCUACCCUGUGGGGGGGGAAGCAAAGUCUCCUUUGAAAAGAAAGUGGAGCGUAGCCUGAGUUCCUUAGAGGUCCUGUGUGUGAACCAAUGUGAUGGAGGAAACGAGGACCAAAUUGUCACAGAGGAAAACUUCUACAAGGGAGGAAAAGUCUCAUGGUGGAAUUUCUAUUUCUCAGAGCAGCCUGCAUCCACACCAUUUAUCAAACGAGACAAGUUUGACUUCAUCAUGGACACAGUCAUACCAGACUUGUGCUCCCUGAGAAAUGCCUGCGUGGUGUUCAACCUUGUGCAUGUGCCUGGAUGUGGUGGCACAACUUUGGCCAUGCACACUUUAUGGGCUCUCCGGCACAAAUUCCGUUGUGCAGUCCUCAGAGACAGCAAUGCUGACUUUGCUGAAGUUGCUGAUCAAGUGGUCAAUCUUUUAAUGUACAAACAUGAGGAGAAAUCACCACGCAUCCCUGUUUUGCUGAUGAUAGAUGACUUUGAUGAUAAGGAAAAAGUAUUUGACUUGCAGCAGCUCAUCGAGAAAGAGUGUGCCAAGAAAAGGAUUCAGUCAAAGUCUUCACAGGUAAUUCUUCUGAACUGUAUGAGGUCAGAGUCGUCUGAACAGACUGAACAAACUGAAGAGACAGUAUUCAUUGGCAAUGAUCUCUCCGAGAAGGAGCAGGAACUGUUUGAGAAAAAACUUAAAGAAAUAGAGAAGACACACAAGAAUGCAGACACGUUCUAUGGGUUCAUGAUCUUGAAGAAGAACUUCAAGCCAGAGUAUGUUCAAGGAGUGGCCCGCAAUACCCUAAAGAGCUUCAACAUAAAUCAGAAACAUGCACAACUCCUGGCUGUUCUAGUUCUGUUGAAGGUAUACUGCAACAGAUCCUCACUAUCUGUCUCCUUGUGUGAGGAAUUUCUUGGUCUUCAACCAAAACCAGUCUGUGGGACCAUCAAAGUUGAAGAAGGGUUUGGGAAAUUCUCCACUUUAAUUGGCACCUGCUCAGUUGCGGGUAAGGUAGUAUUUAAAGCCGUGAAAAUGAUCCAUCCAAGUAUCGCUGAGCACUGUUUGCAGGAACUCACAACAACACACAAUGUGAGCAAAGCUGAUAUUACUGACCUCCUGCUGACCACAGAAAAGCUUUAUGAGAGCACACAAGGCAAAGACCAACUCCUGCAAGAUGUUCACCACAUUUUGGUGAAGAGAUACCAUUCAGUGGAGGAAUCUCAGUUCUCUCCACUAAUUCAACACAUUGCAAGUGAAACCCCAGGACUCGAAGAGAUGGUGCUACAAAAUGCAUCCAAACGAUUUCCAAAAGAUGCAGUUGUUUCUCAGUUACUGGCCAGGUACUAUUACCUAAAGAAGAAGGACUUCUUAGAGGCAGCAGAUUGGGCACGUAGAGCAAGGGAACUCUCCAACGACAGCUCUUAUUUUGCUGACACAUCAGCACAGGUUAUCAAGCAUGAGCUGAAAAAUGCCAUUGCAAACUACAAGGAGGAACCUAUCAAUCCUACAAAAUUGGACGAGCUUCUCAAAAUGGCCCAGUCAGCAAUAGAUGCGUUCAAGGAUACACAGAGCAUUGCAAAGAAGGAGUCAUGGCUUCGAUUGAAAAACUUGAAAGACAACCGCCCUUUCAACACAGCAGGGUGCCUGGGAGAAAUUCAGGUCGGUGUAAUUGUCAUUGAAGUGCUGGCAAAGACCCCGGUGUUUUCUUACGACAAUGUCCGCCAUGACAUUAUGAGCGGGGUUCUCUCUGGAGAUGUGAAACUUCAGGAUGUAGAGAGAAAUGAUAAACGGCACCAAAAACACACACACUACUACACGAUUCUCAGGCCGUUUGAGGAUUUGCUUUACAGCCUCAGAUGUAGGAUGAAGGUGAACUUCGACUUCCUUGACAGUUUUUAUGUGAACUUGGGCUCCAGAUCUGGAAUGAAAGACAAUCGUGACCAAAUAGCCCAAAAUGAGCUUUUCAGAUGUUUCAGAGUGUAUGCAAAUCUCUUCUGCAAGACAUAUUCUGCAGAUCUUCUGAAGAAUCAGGGCAUGCAAACCAUGCUGAAACUCCACGAGGCAAGACAAUACCUGGAGAUGCAAAAAGCUGACAGCUACUCUGGGAUUCUGAUGUGUCUCUCAAACAAGAUCUCAUCUGAUACAUUGAAAAAGAUCGGCAGACAGUAUGCGUUCCUUUGUGAACAUCCCCAUAGGCCGACUGUGAGGGAAAGAAUCAACUUCAUCUACGUCAAUGUUGUGUUGAGUUGUAUCAAACUGGAAUCAAAAUACAUCCUGCCAUACCAGAAACUAUUAGAUCUCCUUUACCAAGUCAUGCGUGAGCAAAUCCCAAUAAGUGAGACUUUGUCCCUUUACUUCAUUGCCGUUGUGUUGUUGUGGCCACAGCAGUGCAAUCAGCAGAAUGUUCUACCUAGAAGUCUGGGGAUGUGCAUCUCACAGAUGAGGACCUCCUAUCGCACGGAGAUGAAGGAAGUGUACAAUGGAAAGAGGCCCAUUGUCCAUUUCUUCCUGGGGAGGAAACAGGGCUAUGAACGACUUGUACACCUAGGGGAAAUCACAAAGUGCAUCAAGGCUGGGCAGGAAGAGUUUGCUGUGAAGUGGGAAAAUGGCAAAAUAUGGAAAGAGAAGGAGGUGGAGACGCGCCUUUGCAGGGUCACUGGCGAGGUGAAGAACAACUUGAUACUGGCAGAUACUUGUAUCCCAAACCUGAAGAUUGAAGUCACCCCAAUGUUUCGAAGUCAGCUUUGUGCUCAUGCCGAGGGGUCAACAGUGUCCUUCUUCACUGGUUUCUCAAUGAAAGGCCCUGUUGCACUGGACAUUAACUAAACUUUGAAAGCAGCCUGUUCCAACAUACUGUAGCUUUCAGCUAAUCAUUGCAUCCCUCUGUUCAUACACACUGGCUUAAAAGUAAACAGUGAUGCAAAAUCAACCAAUGUACAGCUAUGUUCUGUGUUCAUCCCAGGCUCUGUAUAUUACAUUUUUCAGUCUGUUGUUUUGUAAAGUAAAAUAAUUGUCAAGUAUAACGUUAAAAUCCAACCUAUUGAAAAUGUAUUGUGUUAGAAUGUGUACUCACGCUCAGAUCACUGUAAAUCAUUUUUAACAAUGAUGAAAAUCAAAAUUAUAUGACCUGAAAAGGAAUUCAACUAUUACUUUUUUGCAUGUUCAGGAUCAACUAAAUACAAAUGUUGUGUGGCAGUUUGAUAAUAUUGCUCCAUGAAAUGAAAUGAUGUGCUUUAUAUAUUUAAGAACACAUUAAGUUGUGAAAUAAUUCUAAGAAUUUGAAAUGUUUUGCAUCAUGUAUCUGGGAUUCAUCAUGUUCCAUAACGGUCACUUUUCUUUUAAAUUGAAACUAUUUUGCUUUUGAUAGUCUUUGAACAAUGUUUGUAGCUUUAUAUAACUAAUAUUGAAAUGUUGAUUUGAUUUGUUUUUCUAUAUUCAUUAUGAAUUAUUCAUCAUAUAUAUAUCAACAAUAAUACUUUUUAGCUUUUGAGUUACUUUACUUUUGAGAGUUUGGUUCAAUCACAUUUUCUUAUACCAUUCAAUGAGAAACAAUGAGCAUUCAUUUUUUGCAAUAACUCUAAUAAAGAUGUAAUGAAACCUUAA